CAAAAAAAAAGCUUCCUCGGGAAGCUUAGCUGUAGUUAUGGUUAAAAGACGCGUUACCACGCUUCCAGCUAGCCAGACACAACCUAUGCAUUCCUCUUCUCUCGCCAUCGGGCUCAGCAUCCAUGUCGACUGCUUAUUGUGUUUUAUGACAAAAUGACGACUGUCAGGAUCGCUGAUCCCGCGCAUGCGGGAGGUGAGCCGGCCCUGUCGCUGCCUGGCGAUGAUGGAUCAACCACAGGCCCUGUGAUCUCCGAGUCGCAAUCGAUAGCCCGAUCACAACAAGAGGAAGUCCAUGACGGGAUUUACAAUAUUCGCUCACACCCUAGGAUACCGGAGCGGAUCAGUAGAACCACAUCAGCCUCCGAGCAACCAGACGACGACCCAGGCUUGCGAAACCCGGACGACUUCAAGCAGAGACAGGUAUUCAAAGGCAAGAUGCUGUUUUGGCUGGCAUAUCAGUCCGUGGGCGUAAUCUAUGGCGAUAUUGGCACCAGUCCCCUAUACGUCUUCUCAUCCACAUUUCCGUCGCCUCCUUCUCGGAAAGAUCUAAUAGGCGCUCUAUCUAUCAUUAUAUGGAGCCUUUUCAUGAUGGUGACUGUCAAAUACAUACUGGUCAUCCUUCGUGCCGAUAACGACGGUGAAGGUGGCACGUUCAGUACCUAUUCUCUCCUUAGCCGCUACAUGAACAUUACCCACCGUGAUCCCAGAGAGGCCUCGUUAAUCCAGAUGAAACGGUAUCUGUCCGGCGACCUGGAGCGCGCGGGUCAGAAGGUGCGCCAACGCUUAGAGUCCAGUCGGUUCGCGCGCGGGUUGCUGAAAGUGAUUGGUGUGCUGGCCGUUACCAUGGUGCUGGCUGAUGGCCUGCUCACUCCGGCCCAGUCAGUUCUCGGAGCCGUUCAAGGCAUUGAGGUUGUGCAGCCUGGAAUUUCCAAAGGCACGGUGAUCGGUAUCACCGAUGCUAUUCUGAUAGGGCUGUUCUUUGUCCAGCCGCUGGGAAUCACAAAACUAUCCUUCGCGUUUUCACCAAUUGUGAUUAUAUGGCUUGGUUUCAACGCGGCGUUCGGGAUAUACAACCUCGCAAAGUAUGAUGCCCGGGUCUUCGAGGCUUUUAAUCCUGGCUUUGCGUUCGAAUUCUUGAUCCGUAACAAGACGGACGGAUGGAGGAUGCUGGGUGGCAUUCUGCUCGCCUUCACGGGUGUGGAAGCCCUCUUUGCGGACCUGGGCGCCUUCAGCCGACGAGCGAUCCAGAUCAGUUGGCUGUGCUACACGUUUCCGUGCCUGUUAUUAGCAUAUAUCGGUCAGGCAGCGUAUAUCAGCGUCCACCCGGAGGCGUAUGUGAAUCCCUUUUUCAGAUCGGCCCCGCCUGGAACCCUCUAUCCAGCCCUAGUCAUUGCCAUUCUAGCUGCUAUCGUUGCCUCGCAGGCCAUCAUUACCGCAACCUUCCAGCUUCUAGCACAAGUGAUGAAACUCUCUUAUUUCCCUCACAUCAAAGUAAUCCACACUUCUCGGAUAUUCCACGGACAGCUUUUCAUUCCCAUUGCGAAUUGGCUGCUGAUGAUUGGAACCAUCUUAAUCGCAUCGAUCUAUAACAAUACAACGUCCCUGGGUAAUGCGUACGGCGUAUGCGUCAUGUUUGUGACGUUCUUCGACACUUGCAUGGUUUCUCUGGCAGCAAUGUUCGUCUGGCGGAUCAGCCCGUAUCUUGUCUUCCUCCCGUGGCUCACCGUGGCCUGCCUGGAUGGGGCAUAUCUCUCCUCGGCGCUGACCAAGGUGCCUCAAGGAGCCUGGUUCACGAUCACGCUGGCUGCAAUUCUCGCCAUGCUGUUUCUCUUGUGGCGAUACGGCAAAGAACAACAAUGGUUCGCUGAAGCCGAAGACCGCUUCCCCACAUCGCAUUUCAUCGUGUCUAAUCCCAAUGGCCAAGUCUCCCUGUCGAAACGCUACGGCGAACUUCCAAUCGGUCAUACCCGCGGUCUUGGGAUCUUCUUUGAUAAAGCGGGUGAGACGACCCCGAUCGUAUUCAGCCAGUUCGUGCUGAAGCUCACCGCUCUGCCCGAGGUGAUUGUGUUCUUCCAUUUGCGCCCCGUCGAACAACCUUCGAUCGCCGUUGAGAAUCGAUUCACCGUGUCGCGUUUGGCCAUCCCAAACUGUUACCGACUGGUUGUUCGGUUUGGAUAUAACGACGUGAUAAUCACCCCCAAUCUGGCGAGCGUAAUCGUCGACCAGGUCCGGAAAUAUCUAACAUCUCGAGGGACCAGCGUGUCAUUGGACGAAGAGGGCGAGGAAAAGGAUCCUGUGAAUCCUGACUGCUCGAUAGCGGAGGGCAGCAGAGAUGCCCGCGCCCUCCUCGUUUCGGAAAUCUCUAAACUCGAUGCGGCAUAUUCACAUAAAGUGCUCUAUAUCGUGGGAAAGGAGGAGCUGAAAAUCAAGUCCAACACAGCACGCAUCCGGAAAACCUUGUUACAGAUCUUCUUGUGGAUCCGGGAUAAUACGAGGAACAAGAUGGCCAAUCUGCGGCUGCCAACAGAUAAGCUGAUCGAAGUAGGAUUCCUCAAAGAGAUAUAAUGUUCGAAGUGGAACGUCGCGAAGAACUGGUUGACUGAAGCGGCUCAGCCCACGGAAUCCGUGUCUGGCGUGCUUCUUGCCUUUUCACGGCAUGAUCAGACAGCUUGGGACUCGGAGAAAGGGAAGUAGAAGGGGGGAAGGAGAGGGAAUUUAGAGCUUCAUUACGGACAACGAUACGUGAUCCUCUCUGGAGCUGCUUGAAAAGACGAUGGUCAAGAGUUCGUCAAAGGCCAGCGUUACUCAUCGGCAGUCAAGAUGGAGCUCGAGCUUCAAGGCGAGAUGGGAUGCUGUGCGUGAAUGGAAGAAGAGGAAGG